UUAAUCCUGUUGACGGGGGGAAGGUCCAGAGAUGAUGUGGGUGGAUCUGCCUCGGCUCUGAAGGGCCUUGGGGUUGUUCCUCUGGGAAUUGGAACCAGGAAUGCUGACACCCGGGAACUGCAAACAAUCUCCUACGAUCCCAACUAUGCUCUAACUGUCAGAGAGUUUUCUGACCUUCCAGACAUCCAACAGCAACUUCUAUCAACACUGACACAAAUUUCUGAAGUCAAACCCCCUGUCUUAGAACCCCAAGGUAAUAAGAAGGAUGUUAUCUUCCUGAUUGAUGGCUCUGAUGGAGUUCAAGAGGAUUUCACAACUAUUCAGGAAUUUCUUAGACGAGUUGUUGAAAACCUUAGUGUUUCAGAAAACAAGAUUCGGGUUGCUGUCGUCCAGUACAGUGAUACUCCCAGGGCAGAUAUCUACUUGAAUUCCCACACAACCAAACAAGGUGUUCUGAAUGCCAUAAAGGGACUGAGACAUAAGCGUGGAAGACAGCGCAACAUGGGGGCAGCUCUUAAAUUUGUCGGCUCGGAUGUAAUUUCCCCUGCACGCGGUAGCAGGAAGGAGGAGGGUGUUCCACAGUUUUUGAUUGUUGUCACAGGAGGCAGAUCCAAUGAUAAUGUGAGAGACCCAGCAACAGUUCUCAAGCAAUCAAGGGUUGUGCCUUUCAGUAUAGGGACUAGAGAUGCUGACCCCAGUGAACUUCAAAUAAUUUCCUUUAGUCCUGACUUCUAUUACCCUGUUGAUGACUUCUCUGGCAUCUACAAUGUCCAACAAAGACUCAUCUCACGCUUGACAGAGUUGUCCCAAGAUGAAAUAUCUAAAGUUCUCCCAGUCUUUCCCACAGUUACAGUGGUCCGAACAGGAGAUAAAAGGGAUAUAGUGUUUUUGAUUGAUGGAACCACUGCUGUUCGCAGUGAGUUCCCAAACCUCAGAGACAUGAUUCAGAGAGUUGUGGAGAAGCUGGAUGUCUCCCUGAACAAGGUGAGGGUCUCUGUUGUUCAGUAUAGUGAUGACCCCAAGGUGGAAUUCCUGCUGAACGAACACUCCUCUAAGGACGAAGUGCGUGAUGCAGUCAGGAGAAUGAGGAACAUGGGAGGGAGUCGAUUGAACACUGGCCGUGCUUUGGAAUACGUCACCAAGGAGAUCUUUCAGAGGUCGGCAGGCAGCAGGAUUGAAGAAGGGGUUCCCCAAUUUCUGAUAGUUGUCACUGGGGGCAGCUCAGCAGAUGAUGUUGAGGCCCCUGCUCAGCAACUGAAGUUAAACACUGUGGCUGUUAUUUCUGUUGGAGCAAAGAAUGCCAAUCCAGAGGAGCUGAAGUAUAUAUCCCUCAGUCCAAAAUACUCAUAUAUCCUGAGAAAUUUCCAAGACCUUUCUACCAUUGAGCAGCAGUUGUUAGCUCCAGUAACUACUAUGACAACAUCAGAUAUUGUAAAGGAAACUUCUGAAACUCCAGAUAUAGUUCUUCCUGGAUUGGGUAAGAAGGAUAUUGUCUUCCUUAUUGAUGGGUCUGACAGUGUUGGAGCUGAUGGCAUUGCCCACAUCCGUGACUUCAUACUCAAAGUACUUCGGCAGCUUGACAUUGCUUCUGACAAGAUCCGCAUUGCUGUGGUACAGUACAGCAGCAGGCAAAAUACAGAAUUCUCUCUGAACACGUUUUCCAGGAAGAAUGAUGUGAUCUCUGCAGUGAGAAAGCUUCGUCCCAUUGGAGGACCUACUGCCAAUCUAGCCAAAGCUCUUGACUUUGUUAUCAGAACUGAAUUAAAAGCUGCAACGGGGGUCAGGACAGCUGAUGCUUCACAGCACUUAGUGGUGCUUACUGGAGGCAAGUCACCAAGUGAUGUCAGCAUUUAUGGCCCAAUGCUGAGGAACAUAAAUAUCGGCUGCAUAGGGAUUGGUACCAGUACUGCAGAUACAAGACAGUUGAGUCAGAUUGCUACCACUCCUGAAGAUGUCCUUAAAGUGCAGAACUUUCCAGGGUUGUCCAAUAUUCAGGACAAGUUCCUCGCAAGACUCAGCGAUACUCCCAGUACAACUAAACCCCCUACGGAAAUUCCUGGUAUGGACAUCAAAGUUGCUGACAUUGUGUUUUUAGUUGAUGGUUCAAUUAAUCUGGGGCGUGACAACUUCAAAUCGGUCAUGGAGUUCAUCCUCAACUUGAUUGACCUAUUUUACACAGAUAACGAUAAGCUGCGGAUUGGUCUGGCCCACUACUCCACAGAUGUGACAGAUGUGUUUUACCUUAAUACUUACAGUAACAAAGAUGACAUCUUAAAUGCUAUUAGCCAGGCAGAAUAUAAAGGAGGAACGCGAAUCAACACAGGCGCUGCCAUUAAGCAUGUUCAAGACCAGCACUUUAUUAAAGCAAGAGGAAGCAGAAAGGAUGAGAGAGUCCCACAAAUCCUAAUGAUUGUGACUGGUGGGAGGUCUCAGGAUGAUGGGAAAGCAGCAGCUUUGGCGCUCCAAUCUGAUAACGUACGGAUAUAUGCAGUGGGAGUAGGUAAUAUUGAGGAUGAACUCAGCAAUCUUGGCAGUGAGUCCACCACAGUCGCAAGGGCUAGCACCUUCCAAGAGCUCUCGGAGCUGAACGAACAGAUAUUGGAAGCGCUGGUCGAUGAAGUGAAAGGCAUAAAGCACUGCACCGGAGUACCAGAAAUUUCCAGAGAGUGCAAGAUGGAGGUCUUGGUAGGCUUUGACGUCUCCAGCGUUGGAGCGGGACAAAACAUUUUUGUAGCUCAGAGAGGGUUGGAGUCCAAGAUGGAAUCAAUUCUUCAACGAGUCUCCCAGAUGCAUCCAAUAAGCUGCUCAGCUUCUCAGGCACCCUCUGUGCGAGUCGGCUUGGUGGCUCUUAACUCUGCAGGGCAGCAGGUUGGAUUUGAUUUAAGCGAGUACAAGCCCCAGCUCAUCGAGUCAUUCAAAAACCUCCGUUCCAGAGGGCCUUACAUCCUGAACACAAAGACCAUUGAUGCUUAUCGUAGCAUGUUCCAAAGCAGUGGGACACAAGGAUCUGUCAAGGUUGUGAUUCACCUAACAGAUGGUCUCGAUGAAGCAUACGCUCAAAUGAAAGAACGCAUAGACACGCUCCGAUCUUCAGCUGAUGUGAGUGCCUUCAUCCUGGUUGGCCUGGAGAGAGUGUCUGGAUUUGAGGAUGCAGUGCUGCUGGAGUAUGGACGUGGCUUCCGAUACACGAGGCCGCUACGCCUUAACCUGCUGGACGUGGACUAUGAGCUGUCUGAAGAGCUGGACAACAUAGCAGAACGAGAAUGCUGCUUAGUCCCCUGCAAGUGCACUGGACAAAGAGGGGAUAGAGGACCUGUAGGAAUCGUGGGACCUAAGGGAGGACCAGGCGGGCCAGGUUACAGAGGACAUCCUGGUGAUGAAGGUGGACCUGGUGAGAGGGGACCCCCAGGUGUGAAUGGGACACAAGGAUUCCAGGGCUGCCCAGGACAGAGAGGCAUAAAGGGUUCCCGCGGAUACUCUGGAGAGAAGGGCGAUUUUGGAGACAUCGGUCUAGAUGGAAUCGACGGGGAAGAGGGUGUCAGUGGGGUGACAGGACCUCCAGGAGAAAGAGGGAGCCCUGGUAGGAGGGGUCCAAAAGGGGUUAAAGGAGCAGGAGGAGAAAGAGGAGAAACAGGAAUUAGAGGAGAUCCUGGUACCCCUGGAGCAGAUAACCCUCAGAGAGGACCAAAAGGACAGAAGGGAGAUGUUGGACCAAUGGGAGAUCCUGGAGAGGAUGGAGGUCAGGGUGCCACAGGUACAAUAGGACCGAAGGGGGCUGAAGGUAGAAGAGGAUCCCCUGGGCCACAGGGCUUACUAGGGGAGCCUGGACCUCCAGGGCCAGCAGGAGAGCCAGGAAUAAGAGGCACUCAAGGUAUACCCGGACCAGUAGGAGCCCCAGGAAUCAGAGGAGAGGAUGGAAGUCCUGGAGCAAGAGGGCCUGCAGGAUCUCCUGGACCCUCUGGUGAUCUUGGUAGAAGAGGACCCAACGGUCGAAAGGGAGAACCAGGAGAACCAGGACCAAAAGGAAAUCCUGGACCACUGGGCCCUCGUGGUGAACCCGGUGAAGAUGGUCGAGAUGGAUUUGGAGUUCCUGGUCCCAAAGGACGAAAGGGCGAUCCAGGAUUCAGAGGAUUUCCAGGACCAAAGGGGCCACUUGGUGAUUCCGGACCAAAAGGGACUGUGGGUCCGAAGGGAAACCGUGGACAAAGAGGAAAUGCAGGUGAUCCUGGUGAGCCUGGACCAAAGGGACAGACAGGAGACCCUGGACCUCAUGGUGACAUUGGUCUAAGAGGGGCUGCAGCUCAGCAAUGUGAUCUUGUCAAGAACAUUCGAGAUAAAUGCCCUUGCUGUUAUGGAGCUCAGGAAUGUCCCUUGUAUCCCACGGAACUGGCAUUUGCCAUUGAUGCCUCAGAGGAUGUCAACCGGGCAGCAUUUAACCGGAUGAAGCAGGUCAUCCUGGCGAUCGUGCAAAACAUCACCAUCGCCGAGAGCAACUGUCCUCGGGGGGCCCGCGUCGCCUUGGUGGUGUACAACAACGAGGUGACGACAGAGAUCCGCUUCGCUGACAAGAUGAAAAAGAAGAGUCUGCUGCAGCACAUCGAGGGCCUGCAAACCUUAGUGACCAGGAAGCAGCGCAACCUGGAGAACGUCAUAAACUUUGUGACUAGGAACACCUUCAAGCGAGUCCGAAGUGGCUUCCUCGUGAGGAAGCUGGCCAUCUUCUUCAGCAACGGGCCCUCAAGGUCCACUAGCAGCCUCAAUGCUGCCCUUCUGUCAUUAUAUGAUGCAGGAAUAUCCUCCGUGUUUCUUACCGCCCGCGAGGAUAGAACCCUCACUCAAGCCUUGCAGAUCAACGACACCGUGUUGGCACAAUUCUUUACUCUCCCAUCCGGAGUACAACAGUUAAACCAGUUGAUUAGGAAAGUUUUCACCUGCCACGUUUGUUAUGAUGUUUGCGCCCCUGAUGAGUCCUGUUCACGAACUGUAAGAGGCCGGAGGUCACCCACCACAGACAUAGACCUAGACAUUGCUUUCCUAAUGGACAGCUCCCAGACCACUCGGCCCAAAGUAUUUGUUGAGAUGAAAAGAUACAUCUCCCAUAUCAUCGACCAGCUGGAGAUCGCCUCAGAUCCCAAGGCAUCCCUCCAUCAUGCUCGAGUGGCAGUGCUUCAGCAUGCUCCUUACGAGUUUGAACACAAUAACAGCAACAUCCCUGUCCGGGUUAAUAUUGACUUGAUGGACCAUGGAUCUAAAGAAGACAUCAAGAACGUCCUUCAGAACAAAGUGGUCCAACUGGAGGGAGUACGUGCUGUGGGCAGCGCCAUGGAAUACACCAUUGAGCACAUCUUUGAGAAAGCCCAACAUCCUCGGGACCUGAAGAUGAUCGUGCUGAUGGUGACAGGCUCGGUGUGGGAGCAGGACGAAGCAAGGCUGCUGAGGAUUGCAACAGAGGCCAAGUGCAAAGGCUACUUCGUUGUGAUUUUUGCUGUUGGUGAAGGUGUUAGUGUCACAGAUAGCCGCAUCUUAGCCAGAAUGGCCAGUGAGCCCACAAAUGUCUUCUUCAAGAGGAUUGAAAAGCCAUCAGAAUUUUAUGAUGAACCUAUUCAGCGGUUUGGCCAGUUGCUUCCGAAAUAUGUCAGCACUGAAAAUGCCUUCUACAUGUCUCCUGACAUUGUUCAGAAGUGUGAUUGGUUUCAGAGUGACCAACCUUGGAAAAUUCCUUCCCAUUUAACCAAACACAGAAAACACCAUGAGAAUCAGGAGCUUCAUACAGAAAAACAAAAAGCCCCUGAAAAAGAAGAAAUGCAUGCAGCAAAUAUCACAUCUAAUAGCUUAAUCUUGAGAUGGAUCAGCCCAGAGGCAAAGAGUGAUUACAACUUCGAAGUGAUUGUGACCAAGUUAAGUGAUCACUCCACUGUCCUGAGAAAGAAUGUGACAGGCAAUGAGCUGUUCAUCAAAGGGCUGGAGUGUGCACAGCAAUACCAUGUGGUCGUCACUGGCUACCUCCAGAACCAGGUCAAAGUAGCAUACAAGGGAAUCAUCAUUACCAAAGAUGAAGUGAAGAUACCAGCAAGUCCUGCAGAGGUUUCAGUGAUUUUGGAAACAGAGCCCCUGAGUAAGCCAGAGAUAGCUAACAAGCAUACAGAUCCAUGCACACUUGAUUUUGACUCCGGAAUGCUGUGCAAAGAAUAUCAGGCUAUGUGGUUCUUUGACUCAAAAAGUGGGAUCUGUACCCAGUUCUGGUAUGGUGGGUGCGAAGGGAAUGCCAAUAGAUUCGAGACUGAAGCCCAGUGCAUUAACCAGUGCUUGAAACCAUCUCUGGAAAAUAGCAUGCAGCAAGUUCAGAUGGAUGAAGUACCAUCAACAGUGGUAGACAUUUGCCAGCUGCAGAAGGAGGAGGGCACAUGCACAAAGUUUGUCUUGAAGUGGCACUACGAUUACCCCACCAAGAGCUGCACGCGAUUCUGGUACGGAGGCUGCGGAGGAAAUGAAAACCGGUUCGAUACCCAGGAGGAGUGUGAAAAGGCCUGUAGUCCAGCACCUAUCAAACCAGGGGUCAUAGCAGCGAUUGAAACAUAAGGAAAAAUUAUUCAAAAGCCAACUUUUACCUCUGAAGAGAUCCGGAGAAUACCAUGACCAACUAGAAGCUAAAGAAAAACCCGAGCCUGCACUGUUCCUGCAAAGAAUGACCCUAACAAAAAUCUUGAAGUAGUCUUUUUUUACAACAAGAAAAAGAAAAUGAAUUGCUGCAUGGGUUUUCUAUUCGUAUUGGUGCUAUAUGUGUUUUUUGAAGGAGUUGCUGAAUUUGUCCAGUAUGUAUUGUAAACUAUGUUCUGGAACAUUUAGAUACUUUCUUUUUAAAAAAUCAUAUUUCUUUUUCAUUCAUGAAGUACAUGUAAUGAGUUUAAAACAUUUUUAUAUGAAU